GUCAGAUGUCAGUGACAGUGUCAAAAACCGUAAGAAAUCAAAGAUGGCUGUUCUGGUGUUGGGAAAUCUGUGGUAGUGUCCCUUGAGGUAUAAUGAUACCCGAGCGUUACCAUGAACGCUGCGGUCGCCGCUGCUUUGGGUGUGGCCAUCAUUUUGCUGCUCCUCUUUGUUAGGUGGAAGUGGAGGACAUAUAACGUAAAGGUAAAGACGAUAAUAGCGGCGUUUCACAGAGCCUGCAUGUCAAUUACCAAUAAACCGAAGUUUGCGGAUGAUCUGGCUGAAGAGACGUGCCCGCCGUGCAACCCCGUGCAGCUGAUGCACCGGCUCUGUCCACACCACAACGUGGUGCAGCGCUUCCCCGUCGAGGAGAAGGACUCGCUCGACGAACACCUCGAUGUUCUCACACGGAAACUUGCUGAGAAGGAGGGUCGUCUCCGUCUUUCAAAAUCGAAAAUUCGGGAGACACAGAACGAAAUCGAGAACCUCCACGCGAUAGACCAUGACGUCAGGACCAAGUACCGAGAGAUCAUGGAGUCCCUGCGCACCGACCUGCUGAGCAACGAGAAGGAGUGCAAGAAGCUGCAGGAACAGAUCGAAUGGGUCUCCAGGCGGCGAGCUGAACUCAAAGUCGAGGUUCACCGCGGGCAAAGGCUGUACGGGGAGGCGGCCGCGGAGCUGGCCAGCAACCUGGCUGAGCUGCAGCGCGGCCGGGUCCCCGAGCACCGCGUCACGGACAAGCCGCACCGGCAGCACUCGCUGACGUCACUCCGCCACCGCAAGGAGCCCAUCCCCCGCGCCACACCAGUCGGCUCCCUCGUCAUCAAGAACUCGCCCCCCAUCUCACACUCGCCCCUCUCCGGCGGAGAAAUGCAAUGACACCUUUGGACCCGACCAGCGAAACUAUAGUCGAAAUCGUGUUGUGAUUUUUUAUUUACCUUUUAGAAUUUGAUCAUAUUUAUUUGAUUGUGUUUUUACCAUAUCAUUA